GCACAUCCAGACUCGAGUGAAGGGGUUUGUACAGCAGACUACAAUCCAGCCCUCUGUUUGUUUCCUUACUGACCUAACAGUAACACGAAAAGUAAACACCAUUUUGUAUACGUAGUCAAACAUUUUGGCCAACGAAUGCAUAGUCCGGCAAGUAGAGGGCUUGGUCUAGAUAGCACUUAUUAUCAACCUAUUAUAAUCCACUUUCUCUCUACGUGGUCUAUUUAUUGCUCUAAGCGGCUAUCGAAAUAUUCCUGUUGAAAACUGAAAGAUUAUUACAGUACGAUAUAUCACAGAUAUGAGACUAAUGGACUGAUGUCACGUGAGCUAUGAUGAGCGAAAGCAACAUGACCGUCGUUCGAAUUAAGAAAUCUCUGAUCCUGGCGAUUGCCCUGGGUAUCUUGACUUUCAUCGGAAUAUUAGCAGGAUGGAGGAUUACGUCCCAGCGUAACUACGGUCACAGAAAAGCCGAGAUGUCACUAUCUGAAAAUGAUCCUGUCGAGGGUGAGGAGUCGGUCUCCCAGUCUCUGUUUGCCAAAGCGGGUUGUGUGAAACAUGUGCACAUAUUUGGCAGCGACAGAGAAAUGCGCCACAUCCCGGAACUGCAUAGAUAUAUGGACCUAUUUCAAAGGAGUAAUCAACCCCUGGACGCUGCAGAUGUCGAUUGUGUUUCUGAGGGAUAUGACUGCGACAUCGUCCUCACCAGAGGGGGUAAUGUGGACUACCUUGAGGGGAAAGAUGUCAUCGUCUUUGGACUGGUUCCCACCGAAUUCCGAGGCGAAGGAAGAGAACAACUCAAGAGGCUGAUGGAGUGGGAGCCCAGUCCAGGUCAGACGUGGAUAUACUUCAGCACUGAAACGCCAUUGCGUGUCCUGAAGUGGACGCGAGAUUUCGAUGUGAUGCGUCUUAAAUAUCAUCUCUUAAUGACCUAUGAUUUAGAUUCGGACAUCGUGGUUCCUUUUGGUUACUACCGGUCGUUUGAUGAGUCAACAGAAGCUCUUAAUGUGAGCUCCAAACAAGCUUUGGAGACACGUCGGCUCCCGGAUCCACUCCUGGGCAAGGAAGGAAUGGUAUCGUGGAUGUCAAGCAACUGCCAUGGAUUCUGGCCACGUGUUGAAUUCAUCAAGCGCAUGCGAGACGUUCUCCCGCUUGAGGACUACGGACUCUGCGGUCGGAAAGAGUGUCUCCCAAGACGAUCUGACGAAUGCAACAAACUCAUGGCGCGCUAUAAGUUUUAUUUCGCUAUUCCCAAUUCAGAGUGCAAAGACUACAUCACCGAGAAGUUUUGGCUGCAGUCGCUGUCUUAUGGCACGGUGCCAAUUGUGCUUGGUUCCAAGAAAGAAUCUUACGAGGCAGUGGCACCUCCUAACUCCUACAUUCACUUCAGCGACUACGACUCAGUUGGCAACUUUGUAGCGUUCCUGAAGCGUCUCGACAAAGACGAUGAAGCGUAUCGUAAAUUUUAUGACUGGCGUACUAAAGGAGAAGUGGUCCUCACCUUCCCAACGCGACCUACAAUCUUCUGUAAGGCACUACCCCAUCUCCAGGAUAAACGUGAUGUGAAAGCUUAUAAAUAUCUCAACGAUUCCCCGUGGUUUAAAGGUUGCAGGGUAACACCAAACAAUAAAGUAUUCGAUAUGAGCAGAGAGGAAACUAGAAACUUUUUCAAAUUUGAAAACUGGUCAAUAUGGCGAUGACCCCUAUAGCACGGUCUCUUUUGAAAAUAGAGACGAAAUAUUUUCAAGUGGCCUUAUACGUCGGCUCUUCUUUUAAUGCGACAUAAUAUUUGACUAGGAUCGAUAUGGCGUAAAAGAAAUCAACUCUGUUUCGAGUCAAAUCGACUCCUUUCCUAGAGUAAUUUUUCAGCUGAUGCCAUACCAUUCCGAGUAAAACUCAUUCGAAAACAGAGUUACUUUCACCCAAAAUAUGGAUAUAUCCCACCUGGCAAUUUUCUUUGUCAAAUUUGACUUCGCGGAAAUAAGAGAAUGGUAUACUUUACUUAACUUCUAUUAUGAUGCAACUGAGAUCCAUAUUUUGACCUAGGAUAAAAUUAAUAAGAUUUUUUUUAAUGAUAACUCAAGAAUUAGUAGUCGCCUAACUGGCAAAUUGUACUUUAGUAUUGGUAUUAUUGUUAUUUCCGUAAUCAUUAUGUUUUCCAUUGUGACAUUGUGACAUGACGUCAUAAGGAUAUCAUGGAACGUCAUUCCUCUACAUAAUAACGCCACAGUGUGGCUCCGACUAGCUCAUAGGGUGAUUUCAAGUACGGUGCUUGAAUCUGAAUCCCGUUUCAUAAAGAGUUACAACAGGGCUCAGCAGCCGAUAAACAACAAGGGUCACCAUGGUAGUUACCAUAAUUGAUAAUGGCAAAGUUACGAUAAUUGUAAUUCUUUGUGAAAUGGGCCGUUUCAUCAAGCUGUUCGAAAGUUAAGUGUGGCUUUAAUUGAUCCUUUCUUGAGGUAAAUGAUAUUAACAAUUAAAUGUUCACUGGGGAUUAUUUAGCAAGUAAGAAAGGUCCACAUGGCGUAAUUUUGUUUGCCAGAGGUUUUGUUUAUUUUCCAUAGUUUUUUAUGGCAAAAGUUUUAUGCAACGGUCUGGCGUUGGUGUUGUGACAACAAAAACACCAGCCACAACACAUACAUCUACUUUCCGGUUUAGGAACAAAUCGCAUUUGCUUAUUUUCUGAAUAUGUGUCUUUUAUUUGAGGCUCAAAUGAACUGUAAGAAUACUCACAAUUUGGGGCGAUUACAUUCCUUUAUUUUGGAGUAAAGGCCAAAAUAGUUUUAAAUUGCAGCCAAUCGUGCGAUUGCUCUGAAUUCAUUACCACUAGAUAUUCAAUUCGCUUUUAUUCUAAAAUUGAUUAUAGUACAGUCACAUAUUUGAACAGGGGCAUUUGUACGAUGAUUUUAAAUAAUCCCAUGAAUGCCCAAGUUAAAGUAAGAUAUUCAAUAUCUCAAUAUUCACUUCAAGUUUUACUACGUUUUAUUCCAAAUUGGGUCGCAGACCAAUCGUAUAUUUGUGUGCGGUGGUCUUAAGCGUUUCCAAGUCCAUGAAGUCCAUACAACUAACUAUUUUUGUCAUUCACUAUGUCUCGAUGAAGCCGACAUGUUUUCGUCGAGAAUUUUUGGACUUGAAUAAAUUUUGUUGGAAAAAAGUA